UAAAAAGUAAAACGUGACAAAUAAAAAUGAACGAGAGCUUAUAUAUAAUACUACAAACAUUAAGGGCAUUUUCUUUCUUCUUCAUUAUCACAUUUCAAAUUAGUAUAAAGUUCAUAUAUAGUGCUUAUAACUACAACCAAAGCAACACAUCAAUGACAACUUCAAAAAGAGUUGCAGAGAAGAAAGUGGCUAAGUUUGAAAAGAACAUAACAAAAAGGGGAAUAUUGCAAAAUCAAAGAGGCAACAAAGGGUUGGAGCCAAUUCAUAUUUUUCUUGUUCUCUUUGCUGUUUUAUUCAUUGGAUCUUUUAUUUUCCAGGUUGUGAGGAUGGCACUUAAUGGUGGAUUGCUACCAAGAUAGAUGGAAUACAUUGCUUCCAUUUCAUUUUAUUUAUCUUACGUUGUUUUGAAUAUAUUAAUAAAAAUGUCGCCUUUCUAUUCAAUAACUCUUGGAUUUCAUCAUU